GCCUUGGGUAGGACAAAAGGGUAUAUAAGACCAGGAGGACAGCGCCUCGACAGGUCAGUUGAGCAGUGUGCGCCAGACGGGAAGGACAGGUGGACUCGGCAUCCGUCUGAUCAUUUUUUUAUAUAAAAAAAUUUAAGGGGGCUUCAAUGAUGAAGGCAGCAGUAGCAGCAGUAGUCUUGUUAGUGAUAGCCUGCGGGGCGAGCGGGUUGCCUGCCAAGCUGGGCAUAGAUCACGACCCUUUCGGGGCAUUUUUGGCUGCCAAGAGCCGCCAGGAGCCCCAGGGGUACUCCUACGAGCCCCCCGCGCAGCCGUCAGGCCUUUACGAGCUGCCCCUGGGACCAACCAACAUCAUUGAAGUCACUUCUCCACCUACCACCACAACCACAACUACCACCACUACUACCACUACCCCUCCACCACCACCAUCUGGUCUCUACGGUCCCCCCGACUCCGUCCCUGAGGCUAAUGAGAACGUCAAUGUCAUCAUUCCCCAACCCGACGGCACGACCACCACCAUGAUGCCCAUGCCCUACAACAUCGACUGGGGCGUCCGCGACGAGGAGAGCGGCAACGUGUUCAACCACAUCGAGAACAGCGACGGAAAGGACGUCACCGGAGAGUACUCCGUCCUGCUGCCGGACGGCCGGAUGCAGAUCGUCCGCUUCAGAGCCGACCCCGUCAACGGAUACCAGGCCGAGGUCAUAUACGAACCGGCGAAAUAAGGAUCGGACCCACCCUCCUGUCGUUUUCUGUCGAGUUCUCCCGUUUUCUGUUGAGGUCUCUCGUUUUCUUUCGUCCGUUCUGUUCUGUUCCUUCUUGAUUUUUCUCUCACUCGUGAGUUUCGCUUUCUUAUUUGCAUCCCUUUUCACGUUAUUUUUCCCUCGGCACCGUCUGGUUUGAGUAAAUAAAAUGUCAGUUAAAUUUCUAAGGUUUUCGCCACUGGAUUAUGAAGGGGGUUGCUGUUGGUUACCUGUUCUGGCUUUACUGAUUUGCUAAUUAAUUUUACGAAGAGAUAAAACCGGAGUUUACGAAUCUAGAGAUGUAUCAACUUUUUAAAGCAAAAUUAAUUCAAAA